AUGCCGGAAGAACCAGUAGCUCCAUCGCCUGGGAACUCCUCGCUGUUGUCGGAUUCGGCACCGGUCUCAAUUGAUAUUCUCGAGGCCCAAAAGGAAAACAUCCAGCCUCUUAAAGAAGGUCGCUCUGCAGCAUCUCUCGCCCGCGUUUUUGCCAUCCCACCCGCAGGCGGUUCCCCAGAAUCCAUAGCAGCUCGUGAGCAACUUGUCAAGGAACGUGACGAAUUUGAACGCCGGAUCAGCAACUCUCACGAUUUAGAUGACCCGCUUGAACCGUAUCUCGACCUCAUCCAAUGGACCUUGGCAAACUUCCCGCAAGGUAACAGUGCCGAAAGCCGGCUUGCUCUUGUACUUGAGCGAUGUGCGCACGAGUUCCAAGAUGCCCCAUAUGUACGUGAUGAUCCGCGGUAUCUCAAAGUUUGGCUAAGAUACAUGACUUUUUCCGAUGACCCUCGAGGAAUGUUUCUAUUUCUAGCAAGAAGAGAAAUCGGCCGUGGGCUAGCCACCUUUUACGAAGAAUAUGCACGAUAUCUUGAAACCAUGGGACUAAGAGCGCAAGCAAAGCAAGCGUAUGAGGUCGGGCUCCAGCGUAUGGCUCGGCCUGCUGAACGUUUACGGCGGCAUUACCUUGAGUUUUGCCGACGGCUAGAAACCAACCCACCAGACCCCAACGAACAAGUGGACAAUGAUUUAGAGAUUGUGAGACCGGCGCUUGCUCUUAAAGAAGGUGCUGCAACAACUCCAGAGCAUGGACAACAAGGAAGCUCGGCAACAAGCUCUCGUGAAUCUCGCACGAAAAUGGGCGUGUUUUCGGAUCCUACCGGUGCGCUGUCUCAACAAGAACUGGCGGCUGGCGGCUGGGUCAAUAUGGGGACACUGGCACAACGUCGUAAGGAAAAUGUGGUGGAGGCGACUCCAUGGGUCGGCCAGACACUACAGUCUGCAACGCAGCCUAAAAAGCAUACCAAGAUGUUUAUUUUCAGAGAUAAGAAGAAAAUACAGUUGUUUGAGCAGCCCGAUGACGUACCGGGGAAACGACCAGGAGUCAUUGAUGUGGCGUUGGAGUAUCUUCAAGACUCGGAUGGAGAGGAGCUAAGUUUGGAGGAAGUCCUGGCGCGGGCUCGAGGUAUAUUGUCUGGUAAAAGAUUGGGGUCGGCAGGAUCCGAGAAAUCAGACCAGACUCCCUCGUCGCCAUUAUUUAAGUCUGAUCCCCAAGUCCAUGAGCAGCCCUUGUUUCAGGAGUCUGUUCCAAUCACAGAUUCUCCCUCUAAACGAGCUCCGGCUUCACCAACCAUGACGUUGAUGACCAAAGCAGCGACUGAAGAUGUUUACGAGAUGUUCAACCAGCCACUUAAAGAUUCCAGUGACGACGACGAUGAUGAAAGAGAUGUUGACGAUGACGAUAACGGCUUUGAAACUGAAAAUACAGGGUUUGGUGAUACCGACUUGCCAGACCAUGAUGAUGAUGAUGAUGAUGACAACGAUGACGAUGACGAUGACGAUUUUACCGGCAAGUCCACGGCGACGUUUGCGGGUCGCUCAGGUAUGCCGUCGCGGUCUUCCCCCUCCCUCUCCCCUUCUUCUUCUUCUUCUUCCUUCCGUGCGAACGGCGCUAAUCCUACCUUAAAUUCUAGAACAGAAGCCGAUGAUGAUGCCGACGCUGACGGCGACGCUGACGGCGAAGACGAGCACGAGCACGAGCACGACGAAAUCAGAAGCCAACAUCCCGACGUCGCCGAAUCAGCAGUAGUGCCUGAAACUUUGUGCGAUCCAACAUCUGAAGAUCAUAAACAGCGGAUUUUGGAACACAUGCAACCGCCACUGACAACAUGGACUUCGUUUCACUUUCACCCGGACGUGGUGCUGGGCAAAAAAGAUGUAUUGAAACGGGCAUUUUCAAAUAAACAAAAACAAGAAGAAACAGUCAGCGUAGUAGUUGAAUACCCUGAUGGUCAAACGUACCGACUCAAAAGCUUACUAGGCCAGGGAGGGUUUGGCAGCGUGUACUUGGGGGAAAAUCAGGGGAAGAAUACCCCCAAAAGGUACAAAAUAAUACGCCGGGCCAUCAAAAUUGAAGAUACACCGAAUGUGUGGGAGUUUUAUAUUCUAGAACGUGUGCGGCGGGCAGGUGAAACAGUGGGUGAUACACGGCUCUUGGAAUCAGUUGUGCGUGCACAUGAACAGUACUUAUUUAAAGAUGAGAGUCACCUGGUGAUGGAUUACGAGGCACAUGGGACUGUACUUGAUGCAGUGAAUCGUGCAAGGCAACGGCGACAACCGGGAUCUGGUGCACUGGACGAGCAUGUAGCCAUGAUUGUUAUUGUAGAAGUGUUGCGAGUGGUUGAAGGUCUUCAUCGUGCAAGGAUUGUUCAUUGUGACUUAAAGCCUGAUAAUGUGAUGCUACGAGUACCAGAUGACGGUGAGCGAGGUUUAGGGUCAUACAAAGCUAAUGGAGAUAAUGGAUGGACGCAAUGUGGAGUUAAGGUAAUUGAUUUUGGUCGAGGGAUUGAUGUAAGUGCAUACCCUGAGCGAUCACAAUUUGUUGCAACGUGGCCUGUGGAUUCACAAGAUUGUGUCGAGAUGCGUGCACAUGAACCAUGGACAUAUGAACCUGAUUAUCAUGGGGUUGCAGGGCUUGCCCAUUUGAUGUUAUUUGGAAAGUUUCUACGUACAACUACUACUACCAAGGGUGAAUUAAUAGCAAUUGGUGUUCCACUUAAACGAUACUGGGCUACAGAUUUAUGGACAGAAUUGUUUGAAAUUUUACUUAAUCCAAGGAAAAGUAUUAAAACAAGAGGUGAAUGGCCACUUACAAGUACAUUGAGACGAUUAAGGUAUAAGUUUGAGGAGUAUUUGGAGGCUGUGAGUGAGCGGCGCGGAAGUCAUUUACGACGAGCCUUUAUAGAUGCCGUUGUUGGAUAA